GUGACGUCACGGAGCUUCCGUCAUGAUGUUGUUCGGUUCCGCGGAUGAGCGCAGAUCAGCGUGAUUACAGCGACGAGAAAGCGACAAAAUCAACGGAACCCGAGAUCUGUGACAUCAACAUUUACUAUGGAGUUAAAGAAAGCCAUUUCUGAAAGCGAAGGGAUGAAGAAAACCUACGGCGCGCUGCAGGAGACAAACCGGAGCAGAGACAGAGGCCAGAUGGACGUGUCCAUGGCUGAAAGCUCCAUGUCUGCAGACGAGAUGGAGGCGGAAAUGGCUCGGAUUCAGCGUCUGCGGGAGGUGCUGGUGAGACGCGAGUCUGAGCUGCACUUCAUGAUGGAUGAUAUUCAGCUCUGCAAAGACAUUAUGAAGCUGAAGCAGGAGCUGAGGAAGAUAGUGGCAGUCCCAGAUGCAGAGAAGACUAAGAAACAUCGUCAGAGAGAAGAGAAGUUACUCCAGGAGAUUCAUCAGCUGGUGCAGAAGAGAGAUUUCCUGGUGGAUGAUGCUGAGGUCGAGCGUCUGAGGGAGCAGGAGGAAGAUAAAGAGAUGGCCGAGUUCCUCCGACAGAAGCUCAGCGUUACACAGAGUAAGAGUUUUCACAGCCGUCUCUCACAAAGUCCCACCAACAAACCCUCCAUCAGCAAGAGCAGCGCGGCCCUCAUUAAGGACUGCUGCGGAGCCACUCAGUGCGUCAUCAUGUGAAGAUCACGAGAUUCCCCAAAGCAAAUCAUACCUGAAUUUGAUGAAUAUAAGUCUGUUGACUGAGCAUUAGAAAGACCUUCAGCUCCUCUGUCAGUGACUCAGGAGGAGCUCAGGAGCCCGAAACAUCCACACAAAACACAAAACCCAGCUCAGAGAGAAGAGUUUGUUUAUUCUUCAGCCUAACGAUACGAGUCACGAAGAAUCGCUCACAAGCACAACAGAAUCACAUCAAACAGAAACUUAGUUAGGAAAUGUUAAAUAACACUGUUGUGAGUUUUAAACACGUGUGUCACAAUCCUGUGGAUGUUAGAGGCUCAUCAGACCGUUUACAGACACUUCAUCUUAGACAUUACCAGCCUUUGUAGAAAGCAGUCACUCAGUAAUUAUGACUGAAUUCAUCAUAUUUCAUGGACAGUUCACCAAAUAUUCCCCUAAAAGGUCUGAAAAGGAUUCUGGCGUUUGGGGUUUUGUUACUCUUUUUCUGUUCAUGAACACAGAAGUGGAUCAACACAACCAUGUCAGUGAUAAAUGUGCAUAAACAUGCAAACUAUGUUUGGAGUUAUGUUAUGUUAUGUUUAUUUGACAAAGAAGUAGUGAAUACACUCUAUUCGUCAAGGAUAACACAAUAAAGUUUAAAACAAAACUUAUUUCCAUUGUGGUCCUUGAUGUAAAGCACAAACUUCACUCCCGGUAACAGGUUCACUGGCACUGCAGUAUAAAUACAAAAAUUACAAUAAAAUUCCACAUUUACAAAAAUUUACAGUCACAAAUAACCACGUACGUAAUACAAAUUCAUCAACAAAACAACCUACCUAGUUAUAGCAUUUCUUUGCCUUUUGAAAUGUAGUGGUAUUUAAACAGGCCUGAUGAUCAGAAAUAAUUAGACAUAAACUGAAUGUGAAUGAAGCAGGACAUCAGCAAAUAAAGUACCUUCCUGCAGUCGG